GAGGAAGUACCACUGGCGAGCGCUAAGUUAGUUAGCUAGGAAAAUGCUUUCUAUUUCCACGUUAAAACGGAGGCUCUAACGCAUUUCAACUAUAUGGGCGUAUUUUGGUUGCAAAUAGUUGUUGUAACGUUGAUGCUGGCGUUAGUUAAUUUAGUUGAGUAGCUGUAUAUAGUCUCAAAUUAGACACAUGCUAGGCUAGCAUAUGUCAACAUCCCAGGGCAGUUUGUGCUGCUAGGAGUUUGAGUUGUUGAGGAGAGACUGCUCAGCUGGUUCAUUAUGAAGACCAAUAAGUCAUAUAAGCUUGUGCUGCACAAGAAAGGUUUUGGUGGAAGUGAUGACGAGUUGGUUGUCAACCCAAAGGUUUUCCCUCAAGUCAGUCUAAGGGAUAUAAUCGAGAUUGCACACCCCACAGAUGAAUACAGUCCUCUCCUGCUGCAAGUGAAGAGCCUAAAAGAGGACCUUCAGAAAGAGACAAUCAGUGUGGAUCAGACUGUAGCACAAGCCUUCAAGCUGCGUGCUUACCAGGAUGUCAUUGUUAACAUUGUUGACCCAAAGGAUGUAACACUGGACCUGGUGGAGCUGACGUUUAAAGACCAGUACAUCGGCAGAGGAGACAUGUGGAGACUAAAGAAGGGUCUGGUGAGCACAUGUGCCUAUGUGACGCAGAAAGUGGAGUUUGCAGGAAUCAGAGCCCAGGCCAGUGAGCUCUGGGUGAAGGGAGAGAAAGUGACCUGUGGGUACAUCAGUGAAGACACCAGGGUGGUGUUCAGAUCCACAUCUGCAAUGGUGUACAUCUUUAUCCAGAUGAGUUGUGAGAUGUGGGACUUUGACAUCUAUGGUGAUCUCUACUUUGAGAAGGCUGUAAAUGGUUUCUUGUCCGACCUUUUCGCCAAGUGGAAGGAGAAGAACUGCAGUCAUGAGGUGACUGUUGUACUUUUCUCGCGUACAUUCUACAAUGCCAAGACUAUUGAGGAAUUUCCUGAGAUUCUGAGAGGGUCCAUCAGACAGGAUCAUGAUGGACAUUUUUAUGAAGACUUUUACAGGGUGGUGGCUCAGAAUGAGAGACGGGAUGAGUGGACAUCACUACUGGUCACUAUCAAGAAGCUCUUCAUUCAGUAUCCUGUCCUGGUGCGGGUGAAAGAAGCAGAUGGUUUUCCUGUUGGUUACAACUCAACUGCUGCUCAAGGAAACUACCUGGAGGCCAUUAACCUUUCCUUCAAUGUGUUUGACAAGCACUACAUCAACCGUAACUUUGACCGCACCGGCCAGAUGUCAGUGGUCAUCACACCCGGGGUGGGAGUGUUUGAAGUCGACCGUCUGCUUAUGAUUCUCACCAAACAGCGUAUGAUUGACAACGGUAUUGGGGUGGACUUGGUGUGUAUGGGGGAGCAGCCGUUGCACGCAGUACCAUUAUUCAAGCUGCACAACAGGACGACACCUGGAGACUCUCGCGUGGGAGACGACUAUAACCUUCCUCACUGGAUCAACCACAGCUUCUACACCUCCAAAAGUCAGAACUCUUGUAGCUCCUUCACCCCUCGAAUCAAACUGGCCGGCCGCAAGCUUCAUGCUGAAAAAUUCAAGAACAGCAAGGACCACACUCUCUGUGCUCCAAAGGACUCUGAAAACAGCCUGCCUAUUCAGGUGGACUACGACGCCUAUGAUGCUCAGGUGUUCAGACUGCCUGGUCCUUCACGAAUUCAGAGAAGCACCAACUUCAGGAUGGGUCGAGACAAAGAGACGAGUGGGAGGAAGAGCUGGGGAUCGGUGGAUGUCAGUGCAGGCAUAGGUGCAUCCCCUCCUGUUCGCUCUGGAGGUCCGGAAGAACAGCGCAGCCUGGCGUCUGAUGAUAGUUUAGGCCCUGUGUCCAACAUGCUGCUUAUACCCCGCAUGCCUCCCAUCCAGUAUGAGGUCAGCAGCUCCCUGGGAUACACCAGCACCAGAGAGUUGUUGGAAAAGAUGAUGGACUCUCAGCGGGACUCCAGUGCCCCGGGAAGGUUCACAGUGGGAAGUGCUGAGUCCACCCUGCACAUCCGCCCAGGAGGUUACACACCUCAGAGAGCACUCAUUAACCCCUUCACCCCAUCCAGGAUGCCCAUGAAGCUGACCUCCAACCGCCGGCGGUGGAUGCACACCUUCCCUGUUGGGGCUUCUGGCGAGGCAAUCCAGAUCCAUCACCAGACCCGACAGAACAUGGCUGAACUGCAGGGCAGCCAGCAGAGAGAUCCCGCCCACACUUCCGCUGAGCUGCUGGAGCUGGCCUAUCACGAGGCCACUGGAAGGCGAACAGUCUCCAGGCAUGCAGGAGAGAACGGCCUUUACAUCGGUGGAGGGAUGGAAGAGUUGACUGGGAGUCCAGGGAGCAACAACAGUGGAAUGAGUUAG